GUACCCAUUCCUGGAGAAAGGGUCGCCCAAUGGGCCGAUGGCGGUAGUGGGUUGCCAUUCAACUGUGUGAAGACAACUGCGUGGAGGACUCUUGCACACAUGUUAACCGAUCAAAACUGCCUCUGCACUCUCCGCCAGAACUUAGCUGCACUGCAGCUUUUAUUAGAAAGGAUUUACUUGGCCGAGAGGAACGACAAUUUGAAAAGUUUAAGUUCCUAAAAGACACCCACGAUUGCAUUUUAGGAGCAAUCUUAGUUCAGUUUAAGGUGUUUUCUUCAGGAGCGAGGAAGUUGAGGAUGUGGACAAGAAGAAUGCUUGGGCAACUCGUUUCUAUGUCUGCAGCUUCUCUAAGGCAAUUGGAGCGGGAUAUGGAGGUUGUAAUCGAUGUUUUGCAACCUGGUCCUCUUGGCGUCGUUGAACACAAGUACUCAGAUCAUGAAAUAGCUGAGGCACGAUCAACAACACAGAAGGCAAUUGAGAACUGGCGCCAGGCUUCCUUGAAAAGGAAGACGAUGCAAAAAUCUAAUUCAUAGUUGAAUAAUAUUUGAAUUGGACUUAAACCAUAGUGGACCAACAUAUGAGGAUUUUAUAUUCCUUCCCGUACUGCUUAUUUUCCUCCAAUUGUCCAUGUGAAUUUGACAAGGACAAAUGGUCUACCUAGGUUGCUGCCAUAUCAUGAGCAACUUACUUAUCUUGACAUUUGAGUUCUGCAUUGCAUGUAGCCUGUCCACAUAUUUGCCUCUUGAAAUCUCACGCCUCUGUUUUAAAUGGAAAUACUUGAGAUACAGGAUAUAAAAUCAUAGAUUCAAUAUUCCUUUAGGAGAAACCCUUAAUAUAUCAUUUGCAAUAACGAUUUUGAAAAACAUUGUAAUUAUUCUUGAACACCUUUCACAUCCAAUGAUAAUUAUUGUAGCACCUAGUCAAGAUUCUUAGUGAAUCAUUUCUAGCCUGUAAUCCAUUUGUGAUAGCCAUCAUUGGGUUUCUGAUUAAUAUUAUAAUCGGAAUUCUUCGGCUUC